AUGGCCGCCAUCGCAACGGACCACCAGGCUUCGCUGGGCCUCGAACGCUCCGUCUCCCAGCGCAGCACCUCGUCUGCCCGCUCUCAUCGCAGCACCCUCCGCUCCAGCAAGUCGCGCCGUCUCAACUCCAACGCCGGCAGCUCCUCCUCCUCCAGCAUUACUCCCAGCGACAAGUCCCUGACCAGCUUCCCCAGCUUUGGUGCCCCCGACAGCUCCAGCAGCGCACGAUACACCCACGAGCGCCUCAAGACGGCCACCCAGGAAUCAGAGGACCGUCGCUUCCGUACCGUAGUCGGCCGGCCCUCCAUCGUCGACAGCUUGACAGACGCCAGCGGCCUCUCGCGCGGUGCCCUCUUUGAGGAUGGCGUUCUCACUAGAUCCGUCCCGGGCGCCCUGCACCAGGCCGAUGACGGCCAUAUCGAGCGCCUAAUUGCCCGACAGGGCGCCGUGUGCUUGGUUAGACAGCUUGCGCAGGAUCUGGCGCAGCGCGAUACCCAGAUCGCCAGUCUGCGACGCCGCGCCGACGACAGGGAACGAGCCCUGCGACGCAUCAUCCGCGAAUGCGGCCUCUCCACCAUGGACCUCGAGGCCCGGCUGCGCAUCGUCGAGGCUGACAUGAAGACCAACGGCUCCCAAGAAAAUGAUUCCAGCCAAGAUGGUGGCUUGAUCGACCUUAUGAGCGACGCCAUGCAAGACACCAUGUCGGACAAUGUAUACGGCGAGACUGAUUCAUUAAACUCGACAGUGCGACUCGGGUCAACGACCACGUCUGGUGGCAGUGCCGGUGCAGGCAAAGGUACCCUCCGUGGUUGGAAAGACAUGUUAUGGGGCUCGGGCACGGCCAAAAAGUCGAGUCGCGGCAGUAGUGUCAACGGCGACGCCGCCACCGCCCUACGAGCUCACUCGAAUCUCGACCGACGGCCGCCCAUACAAGACGACCUCUUUGACCCGCCCGAUACCCGCUCCGUUCAAUCUUCCAGUAGAACAUCCAGCAUAUACUCGGGCGCCAGCGAAAGCCGCAGAGUGCCCGCUUCCCUCGCCAGUCGAGCCCUUCGGCUGGUGGCUGGCGGAGGUCCCACCGAGACAGAGUCUAGAGGACGCGCUGUCAGUACCACGGACAAGGCCUCGCCUGCGCGUGGAAUCUCUACAGCCAGCCACAAGACUGCGCCUGCUUCAAGAUCUGCUUCUGUGGCUGGGCCUAGGGCUCUCAUGGCCAUGAGACGGGCCACACCAGGCUCGCCCGCUGCUCCUGUUAGCUCCAGGGCGCAGGCGCAGGAGCUCUGGGGAGGCAUGGCUGGCAGCCCACCAAAGUCAUCGGCUGCACGCCAGGAAAGCCACGGCCCCGUGGAAAUGGACGCUAUCCUGCCACCGGAGUCACAGCCCCCGACUCUGACGCAUAUAUACAAGAAUCACGGCAACAGCGCACACUUGACGGACCGAUUCGGCUUCAUCUACGAUCAGCGCCGCAAGAAGCGACAGCGUGAGGCGCAGCAAAUGGGUCACAUUCGAAAAGGCAGCCGCGCAGAGAUGCUCAGGAAUGGUCGAAACGGCAUCUCGCCGAAUCUGCUGGACGAUUUGCCGAGCCCCAAGUGGAGCGAGACUGACGGGCGACCUGGCACCCCCGGAAGUAUGGAGGACAAGGUGCAAGACGAGGGCAAGCCGAAGCGAUGGCAAGACUAUCUGAGCAUUGCAACGUUUCCCACAGAACUGCUAAGCCAUACACCGAGCGUAAGUGCUUCAGCGCUAGAGGUCCUCGAGGCCGUAGAAAUGACUCGUGAGUCGGAGCAGCAGGCCAACGAGCCAGCAAAGCCGCCAACGAUCAAGUCCACCGGUGCUGGCCUGGUACCUCCCGCCAGCACAACUACUACUGCCGUCGACAAUGAGACGACGCAGUCUUCUGAACCUGACUCUGCAGCGCCCACCACCGUUCAGGACGACAACGAACCUGUCAAGUUAUUGCUGCAGCAGCUGAGCGAAGUGCACGAUUCACUGCAGCGCGACAAGACGGUGAGAUGGAACGACUUUUUGCGCAAAGUUCGUGCAGAGCGCAAACGUGAGGGCGAAGCGGCUGUUGCUGCGGCAAAUGCGGCCGCCGAAGCGCGUUACGAGAGACCCGCCGUCAUCCUCCCCGAGACGCGCGUCGCCGACGGAGAAAUCAUUGGCAUUUCUGGGCUCGGCAACAAGGGCAAAGUUGGGCGGGCCAAGUGGAACGAAUUCAAGACGCUUGUUCUCGGCGGUAUACCAGUCGCCUAUCGCGCCAAGGUCUGGUCUGAAUGCUCUGGCGCCACGGCGCUGCGGGUGCCUGGCUACUACGACGACAUUGUGGCGCAGAGUCCCGAAUCAGACGAUCCGGUUGUUGUCAGCCAAAUCCAAAUGGAUAUUCAUCGCACGCUCACUGACAAUAUUUUCUUCCGCGAGGGACCUGGCGUGGCAAAGCUUUGCGAGGUGUUGCUGGCGUAUUCGCGACGCAACAAGGACGUGGGCUACUGUCAGGGAAUGAACCUCAUCACCGCCAACCUCCUCCUCAUCACACCGUCUGCGGAAGACGCCUUUUGGAUCCUGGCCUCGAUUGUCGAGAACAUUCUCCCGCACGGCUACUACGAUCACUCUCUGAUUGCGUCGCGCGCCGACCAGCAAGUCUUGCGGCAGUACGUCGCGACGGUUCUGCCCAAGCUGUCGGCACACCUCGACGCGCUGUCGAUUGAGCUCGAGGCGCUGACGUUUCAGUGGUUUCUGUCUGUCUUUACCGACUGCCUGUGCGCCGAGGCGCUCUUUCGCGUGUGGGAUGUGGUGCUCUGCACAAACGACGGCAGCACAUUCUUGUUCCAGGUGGCACUGGCGCUGCUCAAGCUCAACGAGCGCAACCUGCUGCAGCGCGACACGGCGGCUGGCCUCUACACGUACAUUAACCACCACAUGACGGAGCACGCCAUUAGCAUCGACGGGCUCCUGCAGGCGAGCGAGGGCCUGCGGCGCGUGGUGAAGCGCGAGGACGUGGAGGAGAAGCGUACCAAGGCGAUUGAGGCCGAUAGGGAGAUGAUGGCGCAGCGGGCAGACGCAAGGAGAAGAGUGGUGAGUGAUGCCGCAAGUAGUGCGGGCUCGGGAACGUCGCUGACGGUGGAGGAGCCACGGCCGAUGGCGUAG